AUGAGAAUUGAUCUUUCUGUUCCAAAGGUGGGGGCAGAGUUAGAACUCAACAAGGUUCUCGGAAAAGGUUCGUCUGGUUCGGUGAGUCUCAUCAAGUACAAGAGUCGACUCGACGGCCAAACACUUUACGCCGCGGUGAAAACCUCCAACAUAAUUCACGCCGACUCUCUCCUCAAAGAGUUUCAGAUCUUGUCCGAAUUCAAAGGCUGUUCGAGAAUCGUCCAAUGCUAUGGGACAAAAGUACAAGAGACAAUCAACGAAGAAGGUGACGUAGAGUUCACGAUUCCCAUGGAAUAUGCAUCUGGAGGAAGCUUGAGACAUUUUAUGAGUAGAUUCAAGGACAUGAAAUUGCCUGAUGCUUUGAUCAGAAGGUUUACGCGUAUGAUCCUCGAGGGUUUAGCAGUUAUUCAUGGACACGGUUAUGUUCACUGCGAUCUAAAACCCGAAAACAUCCUUGUUUUCCCGAGUUUCGAGUUAAAGAUUUCUGAUUUCGGGUUGUCUAAAAGAGAAGGAGAUAGUAAAUGGUGGCUUCCUAGUCAUCCGUUUGCGGGAACACCGGUAUAUAUGUCGCCUGAAUCGAUUUCUAACGGCGAAACAAGGAGAGGUUUGGAUUUAUGGUCAUUAGGAUGUGUGGUGUUGGAGAUGUACACUGGAAAGAGACCAUGGUGGGAUAAGAACUAUGACUUGGGAGAUCUUAAGAAAGGUUCCAUGCCAUUGAUUUCGAAAGAUAUUCCUUGUGAUGCAAAACUCUUUGUGAUGACUUGCUUCGCGUCGGAGACUAACAAGAGAAAAAACGCUUUCACAUUGUUGAGGCAUUGCUUCUUGCGUGGGGAUGUUAAUAAGAUCAUAGAGCCUCUCGUGAAGAGUAAGAAUUCUAAUGAUAUAGCACUAGAGUUGGAGAAUAUUGAACACAGGCUUUCGCAACUUAGGUGUAUUAGUGGUGGAUAG